UCUGAUUGAUCCACACCGUAAUCGUAUUGUCCAAGUUGGGAAUAAGAAGAGUAGAAUAUGGAAGAUCAUAAUUCACAACUACAGAGAGUGAAGUGUGCAUGAGACCGAAAGAGAAAGAAACAACUUUCAUAUUUUCUCAAGCCUUUUUUCAAUCAACUAAUCUUGGUGAUCAUGGCAGCAAGUGCAGGACUCCGUGGUAGUAAGAGAAAUGCUCAAGCACCUCCAGAACCUAAUGACGACAGUUGGGAGAAGAUGUUGCAAGUUAUGAAAGAACAAAUCGCUGUUGCCGCUAAUUUGGUGAACAACCCGGUUCAACCUCCUCCACCCAAAGUCCGGAAUCCAGUCUUUGACUUUCUCAAAUGCAACCCUCCUCCUUUCACUGGAGGGGACGAUCCGCUGGAAGCCCAAUCUUGGCUAUAUAGAUUGAAUAAUAUUUUUGAUUGUUUGCAUUGCACAGACGAACAGAAGGUAAAUUUUGCUGCAUAUAUGCUUAAGGGAAAAGCGGAUAAUUGGUGGAACUUCACUUGCAUGUUGGCUACGGGAAAACCAACGGACUGGGAACAUUUCCAAAAAGCGUUCCUUGAUAGGUUUUUUCCUAUGUUUAUUAGGAAGCAGAAAGAACUAGAAUUUAUGCAUCUUCAGCAAGGGGAUAUGUCUGUGGCGGAGUAUGUAACCAAAUUCGAAGAGUUAUCUAGGUUCUCAUCUCAUUUUCGUUUUUCCCUGGAUGAGGAGUUUAAAAUUGACCACUUUGAGUGGGGAUUAAGGCCUGAUAUCCAGAGUUUCAUCGCAGAAGAGAGCUUGAAGAAGUGUCGACUUAAGUUCACUAGCUAUAACACAUUAGUGCAUGAGAGUUACGCCGCAGAAGAGAGCUUGAAGAACUGUCAAGAAGAAUGCGACCUGAAAGGGCACCAGACAAAGGAUCCUUCUAAGUACUCUCAACAUCUGAAGGUCAGAGUUCCUCAGAAUAAAGGCAAACAAGUCCAGACCUCAAUUUCACCCCGGACUGGUAUGUGUCCCGAAUGUGGGAAGAAUCAUCGUGGAGAAUGUUUGGCUGGAAAGAAUGUGUGUUAUUGGUGCAAGCAGCCUGGACAUGUGAUUCAGAACUGUCUUAUGCUGAAACAAGAGGAAGUAACUAACUCGAGUAACUCAUCCACAUGAACGGUAUUUUCUCUGUGACAAGAACGCCGCAGAUGAAAAUCUGAUUACUGCUACAUGUUUCCUUAACCAAGAGCCCUUAGUUGUGAUAUUUGACUCUGAUGCAUCUCAUUCGCCGAGUGUGUACUACAUCUUGGUCUUUAUCGGUCUAAGUGACCGUUUUUUAUGUUGAUUUGUCUUCCUUUUAAAAUGGAUGAAUGUCAUGUUAGGAAUGGAUUUAAUUUACGUUUCUAUAUGCCAAACCUGCAUGUUCAUAUCUUGUAUUAAUUCCAGUUUAUACUCUACAUGUCCAAAUUGUCAGUCUUUCUUGGGGUAGCAUGAGAUUCAUGGAUGUUUCAUAGUUCAUACUCAUGUGAUUUCUAGUUACAAUUAAGGACCUUCAGGAUUGUAUCUAAUGAUGAUGAUGAUUACGUGUCUUUAAUAUUUAUAGCUAUCAGUAUUAAUUUUUAAUUUAAGAAUUUAAUUCAUAUA